AUGCUUCAACAAGUCGUUUCAUACGUUGCUGGAACAUCUGUACUUCGCCAGUAUGAACUUGGCGAACAAAUUGCGAGUGCUGGUCUAUGGAAAAUAUAUUCAGAAAAUCCAUUAAGAAAAGUUACUGAUAAAAGAGAAUCAGAUCGAGUAUAUUCAGUUUUAAAAAAAGAGGCUAGCCAACUUUCUAGAUUAAGGCAUCCAUCAAUUCUUGAAGUAGUAGAAGCAGUUGAAGAGUCAAGGACUGUUAUUACAUUCGCAACAGAACCAAUUAUAGCGUCACUUUCAAAUUUACUUGGUAAUUACGACAACUUGUCACCUAUUCCAGAUGAUAUCAGAAAAUUUGAAAUGGAUGAAUUAGAGAUACAGAAAGGAUUAUUACAAAUUGGAAAAGGUUUACAGUUUUGUCAUAAUGAUGCCAAAAUUGUACACUCAAAUCUUGUCCCGGAAGCAAUAUUUGUUAACGUAAAGGUAAUAAAUAAUAUAUAUAAAUAUUCGGUGAUUGGAAAAUUGGAGGUUUACGAUUAUCCUGAUUUUGAUUCACGUAUACCGGCUUAUGCACAAAAAAAUUAUGAUUUUAUGGCACCGGAGUAUGCAUUGGAUGAAAAUGUUGAUUUUGCAAAUGACAUGUUUGCUCUUGGAUGCUUAAUAUACACAGUACACAAUCAUGGAAAAGGACCAUUACAACAUCAUAAUAGCAUGAAUACAUUUCGAAAAAACGCCGAACAAAUAUCAUCUCUUAAUUACAAUCAACUUCCUCCUCAUUUACACGAGGUUAUGUUUCAUCUUAUAACACGUUAUCCUUCUCAGAGAAUGAACGCAACAGAAUUUCAAUCAAGCAAAUAUUUUGAUAACAUUUUAGUUUCUACUGUAAAAUUUUUUGAAAGCUUCCCAGAAAAAAGUAAUGAUGACAAAGCAAAUUUCAUGAAGGGACUAAUACGUAUUUUACCACAAUUUCCAGAAAGAGUAUUGUUAAGAAAGAUUUUGCCAUGUCUUAUUCAAGAAAUUAAAGAUCAGAAUCUUCUUCCAUUUAUUUUGCCAAAUAUAUUUUUUAUUUCACAAAAAAUUCAACUUGAUGAUUUUUAUGAAAAAAUUUUGAAGCCACUUAAGCCAAUUUUUGCUAUAUCUGAACCUAUGCAAAGCAUGAUUAUUUGUUUAGAUAAAAUAGAUUUAUUUAAAUCAAAAACGUCAACGUCAAUUUUUAAAGAGGAUGUUAUGCCAUUAAUUUAUUUUGCGUUAGAGGCAAAAUCUCCAGCAAUACAAGAAAAAGCUCUUAGAGUUGUACCUAAUGUAUUAGACAGGUUAGAUAUUACUACAGUAAAAUCUUCAUUAUUUCCAAGGAUUCAGAAUCUAUUUGUUCAUACAACAAUUUUGGCAGUAAAAGUUACAACAUUAACUUGUUUACAAACAUUAAUAAAAUCAUUGGAUAAUUUUACAAUGACUGAAAAAUUAAUGCCUUUAUUAAGAGGAAUUAAAACAAAGGAGCCCUCUGUGAUGGUUAAUACUCUUGCUGUUUAUGAAGAAAUGGGUAAAAAUAUGGAAAAGGAUGUAUUAGCAACAGAAAUUAUACCGCAUCUAUGGAAAUUAUCAAUCUUUCAAAAAUUCAUGAAAGUUAUCAAAGGAUUAAGUCAAAAAGUUGAAAAUUUGCAUUCACGCCAAUUACAAGAUAUUAGAAGCAUCGAAGAUAGUUCUAAAAAACAUUUGGAAGGUGGUAAAGGUACCAAUGGCGAAAAAAGCGUUCCAGUUGAUUUUGAAAAACUAGUUGGUUCUACCGGUAGUGGUGAUAUAAAUAAUAAUUAUUCUUCAGCAGGAGGCAAUAUAGGAUCAAUUGAAAUAUCACCGGAUCCUUUUGAUAAACCAGGGGCUAAUUCAGUUCCAAUUUUUAUUUCAUCGUUAGCUUCUUCAAAUAAGACUUCGCAAUUCACUUCUAAACUAUUAUCACCAACAACAACUUCAAAUAAUAUUCAAGCAUCUUUUCCUGCUCUUAAUUCUUUAAAAGCAAAUUAUUCUACAGCACAAAAUUUGAAUAAUGGCUUUUCAACUAAUACUACUAACAACAGAAAUAAUUCAACAACUCUAAAUUCAUUUGGAUCCUUAAAUAAUUUAUAUAACUCAACCACACCUAUAAUUCGUCUACCAACAAUUCAAAUUCAAAUGGACAAAAAAUAG